AUGAUCAAAUUGGGCGCAUUGGCGCGUCGCUUCUACCAUCCAAGUGCCAAAGAAUAUGCGGUUGCCAAAAACCUUGUUCCCUUAGCGUACAGCAAGGACUCUUUGCAAUACAAAGUAUUGGACCAUGCUUUGAAAAACAAUGUCCCGGAGUACGGGUUCAAUGAGAGAGCGAUCGUAGCGAGUCUGACGAGUCUGGGCCACGGUUCCUCGGUGCUGUCGGCCAUAGGGGCUUCGAAUUCGCCUGCUUUCUUCAACGCUUCGCCCGCUGUUCUCGAAUUGGCCAAGUUUCAUUUAGUGCAGAAACGGUACGCCGUGGUGGACAAUAUCGAUCGUGAACAGCCAUUGCCAUCGCUAGAGACUCUGUUUCUGCGCAGACUCGACCUGAAUAAACCAAUCGCACGCCAUUUGUCACAAUUGCUGUCGUACCUGUCAAUUCCGGGUGAUUUUCUUGUCAGUUCCGCUUUGCCCGAGCUGCACCGCCUGUCUGAUGACAUGGUAUUCUUUUCUCACGAGCCCGAUUCUCAUGAUUUUGCAUGGUAUUCCAAACGUUUGGCGAUAUCGUGUGCCUACGUAAGCUCAGAACUGUUCAUGGCUCAGGACAAGUCUCCAGACUACCACGAAACGUUUGAGUUUGCUCGCGAAAAACUUCAUCGUGUCACACAGCUUGGAGAGUACUAUAACAAUACCGAAGAAUAUCUGUGGUACACACUACUUAUGAGCAUCAACCUUGUCAAAUCUCAACUCGCACGUGGAUGA